CUAAGUUCAAACUCAAUGUCACAACAAAUUUCCCUUCCCCAAUUCUCCAUAAGCCCAAGCAUGGGUUCCUACAGGGCACCAACCCCCUUUUGGCCGCCGCCUCCUCCUCCGCCUGCGGUGACUAAAAGCCCCAGCUUGUCUAUGUUGUAUUAUGGCCUCAUAGUUGUUGGAACUGCCGCUAUUGUUCUAGCCAUGUACAAUCUCCUCUUCAUCAAAUGGUCCGCGCCACACCCACCAUCAUCACCAAGAAAUGUACGGUCCAACGCUUCUGUUGAUGCCGCAAGGUCAAGGAGCAGGAUCUUUGAGAACAUGGAUAGCUUCAAGUACAAGAAACAAAAGGAAGGGUCAGUGGCUCAAGAACAAGGUCAUGUACUGAUCGAUUAUGAAUGCGCUGUUUGCUUGUCAGUGUUUGAAGAUGGAGAAGAGGUAAGGAAGUUGCCAAGCUGCAAGCACUCAUUUCAUGCUCCUUGCAUAGAUAUGUGGCUCUACUCUCACUCCGAUUGCCCGCUCUGUCGGACAACCGUGCCAGUUAUUUCGUGGUGCAACCGGGAGUUAACCACUACUACGCCGGAGGAGCAUUCUGGAGAAGUCCUGCUGGUUUCCAGCAGCAGCGCAAGUAUGCCGGUUUAAGGUUUUUAGUUUCUUUCCCGAGAGAGAAAGAAAAGGAAAUUGGGACACUUUGAUUUCUUAAUUUCGAGUUUUCAGUUUGUUUACGACUGUGGUAUAAGGACGGUGAUAACAAGAAAUUCAUUGUAGAAAACAAGGAUCAGCGGACAUAGGGCAACCAUUUUCCUAUAUUCAUUUUCCCUAGAUGUUGGA